GAAACAUUGAAGAAACGGUAGUUAUAUAGAAGAUACAAACGAAAAUGUCUUGAAUUCAACAUCUGAUACCAUACCAACCUUCCCUUGACAAUGGGGUUCGAGGAAAUGUACAAUAUCAAGGAAGAAUGCCCGACAACUGUUUUGAAAAAAAAUGAGGUCAACAUAAUUUCUCCGAAACAGAACAUUGUACGAAUAUGGAAUUUAUUCAUCGCCAUAACAUCGUUGGUGGCUGUGACAGUGUCUUUAUUUGAGCUGUUCUUCAACUCCGCUAUCCCUGUCGUUGUCGGGAUAAGAUACUGCCUGGAUGUGAUCUUCCUGUUGAACAUCAUCUCACGCUUUUACAUUGGAUAUGAAAGUAAUGGUGUAGUCAUAAUUGAUUCUAAACCAGUGCAGAGAAAAUAUCUCCGAACAUGGUUUAUCAUGGACCUGUUGGCUGUUCUUCCCUUUGAGACUCUGAGAUAUGCCUCGCCUGAAUUGCAUUUUAUGCAUAUCAAUCGAUGUCUAAGAGUCUUACGGCUGUUUGACAUAAUAUCAUCCUUUGGAAAAGAACCUGACACCAACAAGAUACAUGUUGCAGUCCUGAAUUCCUUUUCUAUUGUUGUCCUCAGUGUUCAAGUCUCUGCGUGUGCCUGGUACAAUCAGGUGUGUAUAGCUGCUCAUGGUGGCCAUCCAAGGGAGUGUCCAAAAGAGGAGAACUGGUUACAGCUGUUGCCAGAGUUCUCAACCAAUUUGACAGGAGUAACAGAUUUUGAGUUUUAUGCCACGUCACUAUACUGGUCUGCAAUAACUCUAUGUUCUGUGGGCUAUGGAGACAUACAUGCUAUGAAGAUCCCAGAGGUUAUGGUUGCCUCACUGGUAAUGGUGGUUGGUUUAUUUGCCUUCAUUGGAGUCAUCGCGACUGGAAUGAGCUCCAUCAUUAGCAAUCUGGAUGCCCGGAGAGGAAGGUUCUGCCAUCGAAUGGAGUCCAUUUGUCUUUAUAUGAAACAAAUGGGAUUGCCAGAGGAAGUUCAGACAUGGGUGCAUAAAUAUUACUAUUAUCUGUGGACGCAUCGCAAAGGCAGUAUAAUCGCUGGCCUACUGGAUGACCUUCCUUUUGCGCUACAUUCAGAAAUAUCCUCUGCUUGUUACAAACCUCUGAUGAAAAAGACAUCCCUGUUUCAUGAUACCGAAGAUGGCUUCAAAAGGGCUUUGUCACUUAAAUUCAACACCUACACAUACAGUCCUGGACAAAUUUUGGCAAAGCCUGGAGAAAUCAAUCAAAAUGCAUACUACAUUGAACAUGGAGUGGUGCAGGUAUUAGGAGAUGAUCAUUGUGACAAAGUUGCCCGUUUGCUACCUGGAUCGUUAAUUGGAGAGGCUUAUCUGAUGUACAGAAUUCCGAGAAACACUACGAUUUGUGCAGCAACAUUGUGUGAAAUUUGUGUGUUGGAACGCAGUGAUCUUCUUGCAUUGUUUGCGGAUUACCCAGAAGCUGGUUUGAAGAUAGCAAGAACAGCUCAAAAACGGCUGCAUAAUGUUAAGCAUCCUAUUAGGGAAGCCUUUGCUCUAGGAGUGGCAUCGAACCCCCAGAAUGUGGUUUUUCAGAAGGAUUUAAGUGUAAAUCUGUUGCCAAGGGAUCAGAAGAUUUUUACAUUGUUUAUGGAAUAUCUUGCAAACCAGUCCCACAAUGUCUCUUCAUCAGUUAAAACAUCUACAGAUGUGAAACGGUCUGUUUGGAUGACAACUAUUCGACCAGAUGGCAUUUUUGCUCAGAAGUGGGAGGUUUUUAUGUUUUGGUGUAUCACCAUUUCAAUUUUUAUUGAAACAUGGGUACUUUUCUUCACCAACAACCUAGACACAAAGGGCUUUUACAAUGAAGGAUGGGGUGUGUUCUAUCUUACAAUCAGCUCAUUGGUUGAUGUUUUUGCCAUUAUCGACAUAUUUGUGAACCUCCGCACAGAAGUUUUUACAAAAGAUGGCUAUCAAGCUGACAUAAUGAGUAUUUUUGACAACUAUCGAAAAUCUUGGAAUCUAUAUUAUGACGUCCUGGCUGUUGUCCCUUUGGACUUCUUCUCUUUUACAACAAGUGGAGAAGCACAUUGGAGAGUUUUAGGCUAUGUCCGAUGGAAUCGUCUUAUUUGGAUUCGGAAGGUGUGUUUGUUUUUCAACAAAAAAGAAAAUUACAUGGAUAAGAACCUGUUUGAGCUAAGAACGGCUAAAUGUCUUUUCCUCCUGAUUUUCUCUGUGCACUGCUGCUCUGGAGUAAUGUAUCUCACAGGCUGCAAGGACUUCAGGUGUGAUGAAGAGUCAUGGGCCUGGAACACAGGACUGAAAGCCAGCCAUAGCAACUUGUAUCAUUAUAUGAUUUCUGUUUAUUGGACCACAACAAGCAUGACAACCAUUGGAUAUGGUGACAUUGUUCCCAGCACUAUGAAAGAGCGACUUACUGCUGUGUUUGUUUGCUUCAUUGGCUUGUUUGUCUUUAACUACAUUAUCAGUCAAGUCUAUGCCACAUUGGCCAGUCAGAAUGCUGCCAGGGUUACAUUUCAGAAUCUCCUCUCAGCUAUGACCAACUUCAUGGAAAGCCAUGACCUUAGUGUAUCUCUUCAAACAAGGGUCACUGAGUAUAUGAGUCUUCUUUGGUCAAAGUACCAGGGUCAAGCAUACCCAGGAGGCCAAUUUUUAAUGCAUGACUUGCCAAUCGAACUUCAACAGAUUGUCCUGAUGAAAGAGAGAGGGAGGUUCUUGUCAAAGAUUCCUUAUUUCGAGCAAGCUGGACAAGCGUUCAUUCGGGAUCUGGCAUCAACCUCUGUCAUGUAUUUCUUUCCCAGAGGGGAGAUCAUCCAGUACAGUGAAACUAUUACCAGAGAACUAUUUUGCAUUCGAAGAGGGACUUGCCAGAUUCUAAGUGAUGACUUGUCUGAAAUUGUUGGACUCUACGGUGAAGGAAUGUAUUUCGGGGAGGCUGGAUUUUUGUUUGGAAAACAAGCUACAAUGACCGUCCGUGCAAAGACUCAUUGUGAGAUAUUAGUGAUCGAUUUUGACAAAAUUAAAUCUGUUCUGGAGAGAUACCCGGUCAUUGAAAGCCAAAUUACAGAAUUGCAAUCAACACCAGAGUAUUACAACACAUUACUGCAAAGCGUUGAAGAAAUUAUGAAGUCUGAGGAACAGGAUGAUGACACACUAAAGAAGAAAGAUGCCUCGUUGACAUAUCAAGGUCGUCGAUAUGCCAAGAAGUCGAAGUGUUAUAUUGAGGACUUUGGAAACUUCCCAAUCUAUGCUGGAGCAGAGGAAGAAACUGUUGAGGAAAAACUUCUGAAACUGAGCAAAACUAAACGAAUACCUCCCACAACAAGAUAUAGGGGUGCCAUUUUGCCUAGCAAUCCACUGUACAUUCGAUGGGAAUGUUUCCGAUUUGUUUUGGCCAUAACGGUCGGCAUCAAUAGCUCUCUUCUUUUUGCUUUUCUCCACUACAAAAAGGAACUCUGGAUUUUGUCCUAUAUUCUGGGCCUUUUUUGCUGGAUUGACAUGUAUAUCCGUUUGCAUGUUGCUUUUUACAAGGACAAUCUCAAAGUGGACACGCUGGAAACGGCAAAACACUAUGUGAAGACAAGCUUUCUAAUAGAUCUCAUCGGCUGUUUUCCUUGGGAAGUUAUUGGUUGGAUGGUGGUUUCCCCUUUUGACGAGAAUGGAUUUUACUCCAACAAUGAAGCGUUGCACCUAUAUGCAUAUCUCAGAGCCCCUCAUCUUCUCCAGUUAUAUCGGAUUCCUCUUGCAUUUUCAUUCUGGCAAUCAGGGAUUGCAACCGAAAAGACGAUUGUCACAUUUGCUAAGUUCUUUCUGUAUUGCGUCCUUUUUCUUCACUUCAGCACUUGCAUCGUUUUUGCAAUUGUAUGCCCUCCAGCAGACUUGUUUGGUGACACAACCAAUUACUUAUUGCCUAUGGUAAAGCACAACUGUUCAUCACAGUCCUGGGUGUAUCACAUGGACUACACGUUUAACGUGGUGUAUGAAACGGCUACCUUCACAGAACUGUAUUGCAUAAGUUUAUAUUUUGCAACUGCAACUCUCAGUGGUGUAGGCUAUGGUGAUAUACAUCCUUAUCUAACCUCUAUGAAAAUUACCAUGGUCUUCAUAAUGGUGUCUGGAGCAUUGUAUUGUGGUUAUGUGGCUGGUACAUUUGCUGCUAUGUUAGCCAAUGCAGAUGCUACAAGGGCAGCUUUUACUGAGAAAAAGGAAAGCAUACAACUAUUCUUGAAGAGUCAGAAUAUUACAGGGCAUCUAUAUCACAAUACUGUGAACUUCUAUGCUUUCAAAUGGAUAAGAACGAAAGGAAUAGACCAAGACACACUGUUUGAGUAUUUGCCAUCAUCUCUACUCGGAGAUAUAUCUACCAUUAUCUACUCUGACCUUAUUGCAAAGGCAUUUGGACUUGAUAUCAAGAGGAAGCAGCGAAGGAACUCAGUGGCACAACAUUUAUCCCCACUCGAGAGAACAUUAUCUGGAAAGCUUGAUGGACCCUUUUUUCACAAAAUACUGAGAAAAGAGAGUGUGGACCAAUUGGAAACAGAUGGAGGAUUCAUUCGGUUACUAGCUAGACAGAUUCGACCGUGCCUUUACAGAGCUAAUGACCUGAUAUGCAAAAGAAAUGACUUUGGAUCUGAGAUGUAUUUCAUUGAAAAGGGAGAAGUAGAAGUCUUGUCACAGGACGAGUUGACUGUUAUCAUCAAACUGAAUGCCGGACAAUACUUUGGAGAAGGAAGCCUUCUGUUUGCAGAACCUCGUGCAACCACAAUAAGGGCUGCCACAAAUUGUGAUCUGUAUGUCCUCUCCAAGAAAAGCCUUGAUGAAACUGUCAAAUACUAUCCAGACAUUUGCAAACAGAUCAAGAAAGCUGCAGAAACGAAACGUGAACAGCUACUGCAAAGAACAAUGGACAUGUCAAAAGUUCAGAAGAAUGUUUCAGCAACUGACAUACUUAUGAAUGACACCGGAUAUAUAAAGCUUUACAAGACAUGCAUGGCAGAAGAGGAAAAUAAAGCAAAGUUUAAAGAGUUGCCAUUUCAUGUCCGAAUUAAGACAAGCAUCACUCAAUUCUUGAUCAGUUUUCUGUUGAACGUCAUCAGAAUCCACAACACAACAAUCAAUCCGGAAAGCACAGUACGUGUUGUGUAUCAGUACACAUCAUGCCUUCUGAUCAUCAUUCUGUUUUGGGCGAUAACAUAUAUGCCAUCUGUGUUCGAUCUUGACCGAGGCAUCUUUUUGUUAACUAUGAUUAUCGAAUACAUUCAAAUGAUUGAGAUCAUUUUGAAAUUUCAUAUUUGCUUCUAUGAUGAAAGUGGAUCAUACAUCUCAGACUACAGAUCUGUGUCACUGAGCUAUAUGACGAGGAAAGUGGGAUACAUUUAUGAUGUCAUAUGCUCAUUCCCAUAUGCAUUUACAAUUUUGCACCUCAUGAAACAAGUGUCACCGGGAGCAUUUCUGCCCAUAAUAGUAUAUGUUCGCACUUUUCAUCUACUCCGGAUUCUGACUGUACUUGUCUUCAUGCACAAGGAGGAGCAAUCCAUCAUAACUAACUUACUUGCCAUACGAAUCAUCAAGUACUUGGUCCAUGCAAUCCUGUUUGUCCACUGUACCGCAGUUUUAUUUCUUUUAUUUGCUUUGCAUGGUGGCUCAAUUUCGUGGGUUGUCAACACAGAAGUGUUUUACCUCCCUGGUAUCUACACCUACUCCGUAUAUUGGACUUUAGCAACUUACACAACAACAGGCUAUGGUGAUAUCCGUGCAGUGACAUACAGAGAAUUGUUAUUCUCCAUUUUGAUAAUGAUUCUUUCCAAGAUGCAAGUCAGUUAUAAUAUGGGACUUCUCUCAUCCACUCAAACAAACAAGCAAUCACUUCAAGUGGCGUAUGAAGAGAAGCUGCAGGCAGUCCAAAACUACAUGAUGGAUGAAAACAUUCCAUCGGCGCUGCAAAAUCGUGUAAUCCGAUUCUACAAUUACCGAUGGACACGCACCAAAGGGAUAGAUUCAGAAGAAUUGUUCAAAGAUACACCUCAUUGUAUGAAAGUUGAAAUUUUCUCAAGAAUAAGCGUGAAUCUACUGAAGAAAAAUCAGCUCUUCACUCACCUCUCAGAAACAUUCCUGCGACACUUGGCAACGAAAAUGUUGCUGAAAAGCUACACCUCUGGGGAAUACAUCAAUAGAAGGGGAGACUCUGGCCGUGGCAUGUUGCUGAUCCUGAUUGGUAAGGUGAAACUUUGCUCAUGGAGAACUGGAAAGGAGGCCAUUGAGUAUCUUACAACUGGAGCCGCAUUGGGAGUUGACUUGCUGCUGAAAUCCAAGUUGUGUAGAUACACUGCCAUUGCUGAUAACUAUGUGGAUAUAUUUUUUCUGUCGAAAGAGCACUUUGAAGAAGUUGGGUCGUAUUACCCAGAUGUCAUGAAUAAGUUGCUAAAAAGAGCCUCAAACGUUAUCAACAUGUACUAACUGACUAGGUACCCCCUUUCCCUACUAAGGUAUACAAGCUGGAAAGCUCAAAUGUGAACUCCUUUGUAAUUCUGUUUACAGUUUUUUUUUGUAACCAAAGAUGACUUGUUGACUGAAAAUAUAUUGUAUCGGUAAAUAUGCUAUUAUAGAAUAUAUAUUUAUAUCCGUUUAAGUAAAUAAUCUAGAUGUAUAGAAAUAAUUGACGAAAUAAAUGUGUCUCAACUGUUUUAAAUAUGCUUGAACCCAAUGUGAAUAAAGUGUACUUAUUGUUUAA